AGAGAGAGAGAGAGAGAGAGAGAGUGUGUGCUUGCAGACAGAAAUGUGAUGGAGAGAUGUUGAGAAGACCUCCUAAGAUAGCACCAGUUAUUAGUUGUAUUCAAUCGUGGAAGUAUGACCAAAUUGAUGAUAUAGCCUCGGCCUACAUAGAUAGAGGCCUAUUUUUUUAGAUACAUAGACCUAUCUUGCACUUGAUAUGAGAUAGAUGGAGAGGUUGCCUCUCUAUAUAAGUGGCAUUAGUUAAAAGGCACCUAAAAAGUUUAGAUAAUCAGUCAAAUAGCUUACAUAGUCUUAAAUUCCAGAGUAUCUUUGCAACGUGCGGGGUCGGGUGACGUCUUGCUGUCCUCAGAUCAGACCAGAGGAUUUGAUUCCUCUUCCUCCUCCCCGCAGCAGGUUUCGCUUCGGGAUGACCAGAGACAAACAACCCUAGCUCAUACUGGUGUGCCGAGGCGGAGAGCACCGCGUCGUAGACAGUCAAUCACAAUGCAAAAAAUAAUGAACGCACUGGACUCGCAACAACUCUUACUACGGCUCCUCUUCAAAAACAAUAACAGAGGUUGCCGCACGGAUUACACGCUUCUUUAGAAGGAGGAUAAUAUUUCGACUGGGUUUGCGCGUGUGGAAGGAAAAUGCCCUUUUACAAGCGCACGCUAGUUCCCAAGGAUGUCUGUAGAAACGACACGAAGAGGCCAAAUGCGAAUUUCGGGGACUUGGUGGACGUGUGCGGGUUCUCUCUGUGUUCGGUGCUCCGACAGCUCUCGGAUUUAUCCCGACAGUCCGUCAGCAUCUUGGAAGAGCUCGAGGGCGAGCUCGUGUCUGUCUGUCUCCGGUCGGAAACGCUCGAGGGCAAGGUGAUUAGUUUACAACGGCACAUCACCGCGCUCUCCAAAAAGCCACCGCCAAAGAUGGACAUGGAGAAGCUGGAAGUUCUGCGGACAAGGUCAGCCACUACCAUCUUGGACGCGGAGCCGAAGCGUAGCGCGGCGUCGUCCCACUCCCGGUCUCCAUGGCAACAGAGUGUUAAUGUGUUUGGCUCGUGGAGCAGGCCGGACUGUGUUCAGGAGUUACACCAGGAGGCUCAGCUUAACCUGCAGAGUCUGCUGCAAGACUUUGAAGAGCAGCUGUAUGACACCAAGUUAACAGGCCAGACGUUCCGCCACCCCACAGUGACUUCCCAGAGUUCUGACGAUACCCUGAGUCGUUCUCCUAUCUCCCUCAACAACAAGAGACCUGAAUUCCUCUUCCUGCCGGCGUCUAAGAGGCAGGUGUGUGAGGAGGAUGAGACCUCCUCAGUAGGAAUCAAUAGGGGUCUAGACCUGUCCCCCUCCCCAUCACCCUGUGGGUCAGAUCGCCCUCUGGUGGUGUGGAGUAGUACCUCUCUAGGACCCCCCGUGGCCGAGAAACCCCGCUGGCACCUGGGACAACGGACACCCGCUCACCUGCUGCCCCUCGACGUCACAGGUGAGCGUAAAGUCCUGGACGUAGACCUUCUCCAGGGCUCCUGUUCCCCCUCUCAGCCCCGGUCUCUGGAGCCCGUCUCAGACACCCCUGUCCAGCACCUUACCCUGAGGAAGACCCACAGUGACCUGGACCCCAGCCUCAGCCUGCCCCAGUCCCCCUGGACUCCACCUCCUACCCUGGGCACCAUGGACCACUCUGCUACCCUUCUCUGCUCCAACUCUCCGUCUCAGUCCUGGAAUGGCCCUAAAGGCUCUACCUUCUCUCCUGGAGUCUGGAGUGAGGCCUAUAGUUAUAAUUUAGCUCCCAAUCCACUAGGGAAGGGACCGGGGAUCAUGCCCAAAACGGGGGGGAUGGUUGGGGGGGUAGGGGGGCAGGGUGGGGGGUUGAUGUGCCCCUCUCAGACCAGUUUGGGACUCUCCGGGAGCUCGGGGUCGCAGUCUCACUCUAGUUCGUUCACAUCGAUAUCGGAGUCGUCCUGUCUCAGGGACCCGGUAACCAUGGUUAUGAUGACGGGGAGGCGGAGCGAGACAGAGGGCGCGGCUGCUAGCCCCGCAGGGGGACAGAUGGGGUCAGAAAGAGGGGUGGGAGAAGGAGAAUGGAGGGAGAGGUCAGCACAUUCCAUCGCCGCAGCCAACGCACUCAAGUUCCGCGAGCGCUCUCUCUCCACGCCGACAGACUCCGGUUCGUUCUGCUCCACAGAUAACAUCAGUGGCGGGAUGUACAGUGUCACUGGGGUAACAGGAGCCGGUAAUGGGACGAACGGAGGUGUUCCAACAGAAAUGCACAGCCACCACCACUAUCAGCCCCGUGGUGAGAGGGGGGAGAGCUAUGCCCUCCUGUAUCCCAGCGGGAGCUCUGAGGACGGUAGCGCCAGCGUCGACAACAUCUCCAUAACCGACGACAACUUCCCCCAGGACGGUCGCCUACGGUUACGCUCUCGCUCUAUCUCCUUGAAGAAGUCCAAACACAAACCCCCGCCGCCCGUCCGGAGCGUCUCGCUCAUGAAGAAUUUAGGGGACGCCGAUGGGCGUGUGCACGGCCGUGACAGGGGUCACUACAGAGAAGGACGCCCCAAAUCCCUCCACAUCCCACGGGAACACCUCCAGGACUUCCAGCCAAACUUUCUCCUACCCUCCUCCUCCUGCCUCUCCAAGCCUGAUCUGGAGGAUCCCGAGCUGGGCUACGGCGGGAUGGACGGGCCCCCUGGCCUGGAGGUCCAGGGACCCAACAACACAGAGCUGUCCUCCCCAGCACACUGGCAGCUGGGGGAGUGGAAGUCUUCUGAUCCAUACCAGUCAUGGUCUGGGUCUAGCACCGCCACAGGGACUACUGUCGUAGACUGUAUGAAGGUUCAAGGUUCAGAGUCUCUCCUGGAUUCCCCGUCUCCCUCCCUCCUCUCCAUCGAGUCGACCAAAGCCUCCUCCCCCUUCAAGCCUCCAGGACUCAUGUCCCCUUCCAGCGGCUACUCUAGCCUAUCAGAGACACCCACGCCCAUCACCCCCUCCAAUCAGGUCGCAGGAACAACAACAGGGCCCGCCUCCACAUUUGGGUGUAAGAUGCGCCCCAAAAUCCCUGAGAGGAAGUCUUCGCUGCCGGUGACCUCGCCGUGUGACCCAGCCGCCCGGUCGAGGCUUUCCUUCGAGAUGCCGGUUAACGCUCAUCUAGACUUGUCCUCCAUCAAACCAAAACAGAAAGCCAGCAGGCGUCAUUCUGACACAUCCACUGCAGCCAAACCCGGUAAACUGAGUUCCGGCAGUCAAUCAUCUCUCCCUUUGGUAACCACGAACGAGCUCCGGAACAUCCGCCUGCGUUCCGUCUCCCGUAGUGACCUGGAGGACUUCCCAGACGGAGCCUCUGAUGACAUUAUCGAGGAGGAGCAGGGUCUUGACCUUUCCCCCCCUGGUGUCAACUCUCUCGGGCCCCUCGUUGCCUCUAAACCCAAGCCUCCGGUCGCGGUGAAACCCCCGUUACCCAAACGGCCCUUCAACCUCCUUCUCAAGUCCCCCUCCUCCUCUCCCGUUGAUUCCGAAUCCUCCCCUGCCUCCCCCAUUGACCCUCCCCGGCCCAUGCCCAAUCCCAGCAUUUACAUGGUGGUAGGUAGGAAGCCCAAGCUGAAGAAAGCCCUCCCUCACACCCCCACCAGCCCCUGUGGACCCCUGGACCAAACCCAAACCUUCCCUCUCCAUCACCCCCAGGGUCUUUACAGUCUCCCCUCCUUCCCCCACAUCCAGUCCCUGUACGACCUCCCUCCUCUCCCCCUUCCCCAGCCACUGCUGGAGGACCCCGCCUUGGAGCCGGAGUUCGACCCAGACUUCGAGCUCCAUCUUGGGCUUGAGGGUGGAUGGUCGCUUCCCUCUCCCUGUAGUAACCUAGAGGUGAUGGAGACUCAGGAUAAGAGCAGGACCCUCCCCAGCAGGAUGACCAUCUCCUGUCUGGCCGAACUGGACAAGAAGAAACCCAAGGUUCCUCCACCAGUUCCCAAGAAGCCCAACAGUCUCCUUCUUCCCUCCAACUCCACCACGGUGCAUUCCAACGGUACCACCGACAGACAGGGAACACAGAUGGACGGCCCAGCCGCUCUCCGCUCUCCUGUUGGAGCGUCCCCACCUGAGGAGAUUCCCGGUAAAGAGGAAAACCAGGAAAACCCGCUGGGAACAGACGAGGAGAGCUCAAUUGAGUCUUCAUUACAGUCUUCAUUGCAGGAUUGUUCUCUUACAGACCUGGAGGGGAGGAUGGCCACUGUAGAGAUAGGUACAGGUGAUGAUUCAGUGGAGGAGAACGUUGAGCAGAGUAGUUUGGACGUUCGUGGUAAAACGGAACUCCACAUCACAGAGGAAACGGAUGAUGAUGUUGGUGGACACACACCCAGCACACACAACGUGGAGGAUCUCUUCACCAAAAUACACAGGUCGAAGAGAAAAGUCCUGGGUCGUAAAGAACCAGGGGACUCAUUCGGCAGCCGCCAGAGUCUGGUCUCCCCAGUGAAGCACAGCACCAGCGGGGGUGACCUCCAAACCAUGACCCUGGGCUCCACUCUGCGGUCCAGCUCGCGGAACGACAUCUUCAUGGCCCUGUUACAGAAGAAGGGCAGUAAGUCCAGCAGUGGAGGGACACGCCUCUCUGCCAUGGAGCUCCUGAAGAGCACGAACCCCCUCGCGAGACGCAUCACGGAAUUCUCCACGUUGUCGGACGGAGGAGGGGAUAUGACCACCGGUAAUAACAGGACCAGACCGUCCCAGGACCAAUGAGUCCCGGACCGACCCUCUCUCUCUCUCCUACUAAAGAGAUUCUUGCUGUAACCUCACCAACACCAACAGCGGGCUGGCAAAGUAGAGAUUGAAUAUAUAACCACUUGUCGACCAUUGAUCGACAACGUAAAUGGACCAUUGCUGGAAGAAUGAAUAUCCAACCAGACCACUCAACCACUGAUGAACCGACCAUUAACCGCCCAACGGUUCGACACGAUGUUCACAGCGGUCAACAAAGGAGUUUUGUUUCCAGACACGGUCCUUGCUGUUAUGAAGGCGUUUCAUUUGCUAAGGUCUCAACUCAGUCCAUCCUGUUAUGAAUGUGUUUCAUUUGCUAAGGUCUCAACUCAGUCCAUCGUGUUAUGAAGGCGUUUCAUUUGCUAAGGUCUCAACUCAGUCCAUCGUGUUAUGAAGGUGUUUCAUUUGCUAAGGUCUCAACUCAGUCCAUCCUGUUAUGAAUGUGUUUCAUUUGCUAAGGUCUCAACUCAGUCCAUCCUGUUAUGAAUGUGUUUCAUUUGCUAAGGUCUCAACUCAGUCCAUCGUGUUAUGAAUGUGUUUCAUUUGCUAAGGUCUCAACUCAGUCCAUCCUGUUAUGAAUGUGUUUCAUUUGCUAAGGUCUCAACUCAGUCCAUCGUGUUAUGAAUGUGUUUCAUUUGCUAAGGUCUCAACUCAGUCCAUCGUGUUAUGAAGGCGUUUCAUUUGCUAAGGUCUCAACUCAGUCCAUCGUGUUAUGAAUGUGUUUCAUUUGCUAAGGUCUCAACUCAGUCCAUCCUGUUAUGAAUGUGUUUCAUUUGCUAAGGUCUCAACUCAGUCCAUCGUGUUAUGAAGGCGUUUCAUUUGCUAAGGUCUCAACUCAGUCCAUCGUGUUAUGAAGGUGUUUCAUUUGCUAAGGUCUCAACUCAGUCCAUCCUGUUAUGAAUGUGUUUCAUUUGCUAAGGUCUCAACUCAGUCCAUCCUGUUAUGAAUGUGUUUCAUUUGCUGAGUUGGAGGAAUUUUGAGUCGAUGCUUCGACUCAUCAAUCCCAUUCUCGUAUUUUUACGUUGCUGUGUGAAUGGUACUGUGCAACCAGGUUCAUUGUGUGAAUACUAUACUAGGGAAAGAAGGAAAGAUUAGAUAUUACCUUCACUCUGGGAGCCUGAACGUAUGACUGUCAAUGAUGUGGAAAUGAAUCUGAUUCAACCAUAGAUACACCACCAGUGUCUACUAUCAACGCGCCAUCCAACAACAGCCAGAUUACAGGCCAAUGCUGGUCAAAUAAACCACAUUGAACUUAAGGCUUUUGAAAACAUGGUGUGAGUAUGUGUAAUAUUAAAAACAAGAAUGGUCAUAUUCUAUGGUUAUUACGUAAAGUCCAAAACAUUCUACAGGAAGAUGGACAGUUGGACCUGGUACCAAGCCCUACCCCUUUACAUUUGAAUCAAAGCACUUGGACGACGGCAUACAGAACUCGUUCACAACAACGACGGCAUACAGAACUAGUUCACAACAACGACGGCAAACAGAGGUAGUUCACAACAACGACGGCAUACAGAACUCGUUCACAACAACGACGGCAAACAGAGGUAGUUCACAACAACGACGGCAUACAGAACUCGUUCACAACAACGACGGCAAACAGAGGUAGUUCACAACAACGACGGCAUACAGAACUAGUUCACAACAACGACGGCAAACAGAGGUAGUUCACAACAACGACGGCUUACAGAACUCGUUCACAACAACGACGGCAAACAGAACUCGUUCACAACAGUGACGGCAAACAGAGGUAGUUCACAACAACGAUGGCAUACAGAACUUGUUCACAACAACGACGGCAGACAGAACUCGUUCACAACAGUGACGGCAAACAGAGGUAGUUCACAACAACGACGGCAUACAGAACUUGUUCACAACAACGACGGCAAACAGAGGUAGUUCACAACAACGACGGCAAACAGAACCCGUUCACAACAACGACGGCAUACAGAACUCGUUCACAACAACGACGGCAUACAGAACUCGUUCACAACAACGACGGCAUACAGAACUCGUUCACAACAACGACGGCAUACAGAACUCGUUCACAACAACGACGGCAUACAGAACUAGUUCACAACAACGACGGCAAACAGAACCCGUUCACAACAACGACGGCAUACAGAACUCGUUCACAACAACGACGGCAUACAGAACUUGUUCACAACAACGACGGCAUACAGAACUAGUUCACAACAACGACGGCAUACAGAACUAGUUCACAACAACGACGGCAUACAGAACUCGUUCACAACAACGACAGCACAUCAACGCCUCUGUCAUCCGUGUUCUAUGUUUGGUUUAUGUUAAAAACAUUUAUUGCGAGAUAGAAGGCCAUACAUAUUUAACUUGCACAACGAUAUGCAUACCCACCAUAUAACCUGAAAUGGAACAGCUUGAACUGUUUGAAGAGACUCUGUACACUCGUCCUACAAACAGCAGUAGUACAAUAUAAUUACUGUAGGAUUAACAGUGAACAGUAGUACACACAGUCAGCAGUACACACACCCAAACCUUCCCUAUGGAUCUCCCCGCACUACUGUCCGCGUGUGUGUUUAUGUGUUUACGUGUGCGUGCGUGCGUGCAGGAAAGGAUAACCAAACGCAUGCAGGAGUGAUGAGUGAAAGUGUACACAGAAUGGAACCUUGUGGAUCAUUCCUAAGGGAGAGUCUGAUACAGGUUGGGUUGAUUAAACAGGUUUAGACUACAGGUCUCAGUUAGGACCAUUGGACUGCUACGCCAGAAAACACCCAGAGGGUUUAUACUAGAGGAGGGUCAUUGGGGUGUGUCUACUGUAUGUGUGUGUGUGUGUCUGCAGAGAAGGGGUUAAUUCAUCCGUCCUAAGGAGAGGAUGAAGUGGUCUGAACGUGGCUGUAAUCUUUGGAGACAUUCUGGACCUGAAGGGAUUCUAGAACUGAGGGGAUUCUAGAACUGAGGGGAUUCUAGAACUGAGGGGAUUCUAGAACUGAGGGGAUUCUAGAAAUGAGAUUAGAACACACUGUUCGAACAACUAUCUCAAAACUCACAGAGACAAAACAAGAAUAGAGCUGUCCCCCCAUCUGACAUAGAGAACAAUAAAAAAGGAUAAGGAUGCAUCACCCAGUUCUUUGUGCCCUCGCCACACGCUUUCUCUCUCACAGUGUCCAUGUAGUGGUGAUACUGCAGCCCUUUCCUCUCCUUUACCUUCCUUCUACUCGUCUCCUCCUCCCAAGCUGGAAUUCAUGUUCUGUCUCUCUCUGCCCAUAGUGCAGCCCCACUCCUCACCUCCCCCCUUCCUUUCAUCUCCCAUCCUUUCCCUCCUCCCCUCCUCCUCCCCUCCUCCUCCCCUCACCUGCUCCCUCCUUCUCUCCUCCCCCCUCCUCCUCUCCUCUUCCUCCUCCUCCCCCUCAUCUCCACCCCUCCUCCCUCCCUCCUUACCCCUCCCAUUCCCUCUACCAUCUGAGCUUCAGGUUUACAGACGACACAGCCUGAAUGUCAAUGACUGCUCGGAAGAAAAUGAAGGAUGCCGUGUUGGCAUUACGUCCAAGAGUGCUACGCUCAAAUUCCUCCCCGUUUCCUCCCACUUUUACAAAGGAGUGAUUUCUUUCAUCCUUUCCCUGCUUUGUGCAUCCAUCCGUUUAUCCAGACCAACCAUCCAUGGUACAAGUACAAUAGGAUGAUGGAUUGUCUGAAAGAACAGAGAUGAAGGGACAUGGAUAGUGUGUGUGUGAAUGUCUGAGUGUGUACGUACAGGAGAGGAUAGUGGACUCUGGAUCCACUAAGACUGUGAAUCGAAUACUGAUGCUAAUCUAUCCAUCUUUCUCACACUCCUCUUACCCUGGAUAGAAUGGACAGUGGAUCUGUUGGUUCUGCGUUCUGUUGCUGUGACUCCUUUCACCACACGAUUCCGGAACCCUUUCCUAACUGCUCCCGGCACGGAGAGUAGGGCUGUGCUUCUGAGAGUAGGGCUGUGCUUCUGUGGCUCUCAAUCAGCAGGAGAAAACACAACGCCUGGUGCUAUUGAGCUCGAGCGCCCCUUAUGGACGAAGACAGGGAGAACCCCCCUGUUCAAAUCUUACUCUAUCCUUCCAACAGCAUGGACCAAGACAGAGGAACCCCCCUGUUCUAACCCUGCUCUGUCCCUCAGCAACAUGGACCAAGACAGGGAGAACCCCCAUGUUCUAACCCUGCUCUGUCCCUCAGGAACAUGGACAAAGACAGGGGGAACCCCCUUGUUCUAACCCUGCUCUGUCCCUCAGCAACAUGGACCAAGACAGGGAGAACCCCCCUGUUCUAACCCUGCUCUGUCCCUCAGCAACAUGGACAAAGACAGGGAGAACCCCCCUGUUCUAACCCUGCUCUGUCACUCAGCAACAUGGACAAAGACAGGGGGAACCCCCUUGUUCUAACCCUGCUCUGUCCCUCAGCAACAUGGACCAAGACAGGGAGAACCCCCUGUUCUAACCCUGCUCUGUCCCUCAGCAACAUGGACCAAGACAGGGAGAACCCCCCUGUUCUAACCCUGCUCUGUCCCUCAGCAACAUGGACAAAGACAGAGGAACCCCCCUGUUCUAACCCUGCUCUGUCCCUCAGCAACAACACAGAGACAGAACGACUCCGGAUGACUAUCUGAGCACUCUUUUUCUGACAUCAUUCCUUCAGGAAAAACCAAACAACAUCUUAUAAAGAUGGAAGAAGAAGGAGAAAAAAAGAAAGAAAAAAAAGUAAAUUAUGACAUUAUUAAUCCAUAGUCAAGUGACACUUGUUUAAAAUAUUUAGUUACUGGAACUAUAUUAAAAACAACUACGAAGAAACUCAGUGUUGGUUUGCCUUGUAUUCUGAAGCCUCUGUGUUUUCAGCACAGAAAUAGAAUGACUAGAAUGGGAUUUCUCUAUUCAAGUCAAUGAGGCCAUAAUGUCAAAUUGCCAUUGUCCAAGGUUCUAUGCACCUUCUGCUCAUUCUAAUUCUAUGGUUUUCAGCUACCUUAGUAUUACACUCCCUUAGAGGUAUGCAGAGUUUUUACUCUUUCUGAAGUACUGUGGUUAUUACGGUAAUACUGUAUACUAUGGUUACCAUUGUCUUAUACUGUGGUUAUUACGGUAAUACUGUAUACUAUGGUUACCAUUGUCUUAUACUGUGGUUAUUACGGUAAUACUGUAUACUAUGGUUACCAUUGUCUUAUACUGUGGUUAU